AUGGACAAGUUCUCGUCCUGGAUCGCGUACCUGGCAUCGCUGGCCUCGGGUCACCAUACAGGCCAUAACUAUCAGGGCACAGCAGACUCUACGAUAGGUUAUGGCGUCCCAUCUGGAUAUGGCCCGUCUGUAUACGGCCAAAGCACAAUCUCUUCUGCCGCCAUAACCUCACCGUCUGGCUACGGUCCUCCUGGCUACGGCCAAAGUACGACCGCGUCAUUGAGCACGCCCUCGGCCCCUAGCAUAGGCAACUCAUCGUCUUCGAUCUUUAUCCCAUCUUCAAGCUCCGCUGGCCAGCCGAGUAAUGGUCCGUCUUCAUCUGCAAUCAAUCAGACCUCGAUAGCAGGACCAAUAAGUCAAACGAGCACCGAUCCGGAUACAGUCAUUACUACGACGUUGGUGAAUCCAAUUCCAUCGGCCUCCACAACAUUUGCGGAUGAGUCCGAUUCUUCAUUUGUCCAGUCGACUACAGUACUCAGUUCCUUCACCAACUCAGACGGAAGCCAGGUCAUCGAGACUACAAGCCAUCCAGUGUCAUCAGUUCUCACUUCAUCAGUCAGCCAAACUAGGAUCGAGACGACCCUUUCGACGGCGAUCCCAACGACAAUCACAAGAUCUGACGGCUCAAUCUUUACUACCACGACCAAUAUUCCAAUCAUCUCUCAGCCGGCUAAUUCAUCUGCCCCAGCUGGUACGAGUGUACCUUCAGCCACCUUCACUGUCAUCACACUAUCAGAUGGUGAAGUGACCACCUCGACCAUUCGGAGCGCUUCAGACCAGCCUACGGCACAGUCUUCGAUCGCAAUCACAACGAUCACGCGAUCAGACGGCGAGGUAAUCACAUCCUCGAUUGUCAUCGCUCCAGCCUCCAGCACGGAACGGCCCUCGGCAAGUCUCACCACAUUUACAUUAUCCGAUGGGGAGGCAGUCACCUCGACGAUUCCCAAUGUUCCAAUAUCAAGCGCAGGACAGUCCUCAGCUAUUCCUACCACUCCGGCCCCAUCUGAUGGACAGGCGGGUACAUCUACAAAUUCAACCGCUCCGGUUCCGAGCACAACAGUGUCUACGCCGAUUCUGACUACUUCAACUCAAUCUGACGGGAGCCUCGUUACGUGGACAGUAUCUGAUGUCCCCGCACCGAGCACAGAGCAAUCGUCAGCAAAUGCCACAACUGUCACCAGUUCCAGUGGAGCAAUAUUCACGUCUGCAGUCCCCAGCACGUCACUCUCCAACACAGAUGUAUCCGCUUCAGUCCCGAGAACAGAACAAUCAUCGGCGAAUCUCACGACCUUUACUCAUUCUGGUGGAGCAAUCGUGACGUCCACAAUUUCCAGCGCGCCACCCUCGACCACAGAUGUGCCUUCAGGAAAUGGAACAACAUUCACGGAGUCGAAUCAGCAGAUUACGAUCGGCCCUAGUCUGACUGCGUCUGGUAAUGCCUCUCGAAUCAUCAUCGGCUCAACGACGAUCACUCCUGGUGGCUCUGCUUUCACUACCGAUACUUGUACUGUGUCUCUAGCGUCUUCGGGCGUGCUGAAUGUUUGUGGCAGUACUACGAUACUUCCUAUCCAGACAACUAUCCCGAGUGGUGCCAGCACUAGUAUCAGUGUAUCGGGCGAAGUUUCGAGUACCAGCGUUGUCACCUCCACCAUGACGACCGUCCCACCUGAGGUGUCUACAGAAAUAAUUCAUCCGCCUGGGCUUACGACAAACACCUGGCUCACGACGACGAAGGAUAGCAGCGAUACUAUAGUCCCGGUGAUCUGGUGCACGGCAUGCGCCCCUGGCGGGGGCAGCGGAGGCGUCGUAAUAUGGGACUUUCCACCAGUUCCAUGGACUCUUUUUGACUGGGGCCUGACCUUCCCCAACCUACCCAAAUGGACUCUUCCGUGUAUCAGGGUGUUUGGAGCUGUCGUGUCUGGUGAUUGUCCCGACCCCCAGACGGAUGAGGAAGGCGAAGAGGAGGAGUCAACUUCCACUGCGACCAGCUCUUCUACGGAGACCUGUACUCAAAGUACCACGGUCACUGACUGCAGGGUCGGCUGCUCUGUGUCUUCCACAAGCAUGGAUAACUCGGUUUCCAGUACAACAAUUUGCUAUACAACAAGCUGCACUUCGAGCUCUGGCUGCAGCCUCGUUGGCACAACUUCAACAUCCAUUUCGACUCCAUCCUCAGCCUUGGCAUGCGCUAUCACUGCUUCACCGACUAAGUAUGAUGCCUUUGCCAUGUACAGCUCACUGGGGCUCCCAGUCCCUCUCUGGAUGCAAGCUGCGACGAUUCGGCCAGAGACCGACAUUCCAGAAGAAAGUCUGCCAGACUCUCCCGACCUCGAACCAAGUACAAGCUCCGUUGCUCCUACCUCGAGCUCGACUACAUCUUCUGCAGAGGUCACGUCCAGUACUAGCUCGACCACAACUUCUUCAGAAAUUACGUCCACUUCCAGCUCGAUUGAGCCCCCAAUUACAGGCCUGCCCAGCUUGACAAGGACAGGAGGAAUCACAACACCUUCCGGCAGUUCGUGCGCAUCGACCACCACAUUCUCCCAAUGUGCUGGCUCAGGUGGCCAAGCGGCGUGCGUAGAAACUACGAGUUGUGCCUCAUGGGAAGCCACCAACACGCCAGAACCCACCUCAGAACCCUCGACGUCUUCCGCAGAGCCAGAGCCUGAGCCUUCCUCCACCACCGAAGAAGCUCCAUCAACACCAACCGUAUCCGUCACUCCAUUGGAAGUCUUCUCAACCGAAUGCUGGGAUGAAUCAGACUUUCCCGGACACGCCGACAUCCAGGGCAACGACCAAGGUCGCAUGGCAGAGUACUUCUGCGAAACUUGGAAUCAAGUCGUCGAUGGACAGCCAGACGUUGGUCCUGGAGAAAUUACAGCAGAUUAUCGUCUUGAUGGCUGGGGCGUGAGAUAUGAUUUUGCUGUCGCGUGGAUUGAUGAAUGUGUCACUACGGUCGAUCGACAAGAUGUUGCGUUUCCGGUGGGAGAUGGAGGGAAGAGUUGUACAGAUAUUAUGAAGGAAAAUUAUUCGAAAUGUAAUAAUGGGGGUGUGGGAGGGACGACUCAGGCGGGGUGUUUGGCGGUGACGUUUACUGGGGGGAAGUAG